AACAUAUAUAUAUAACAUGCAAAGUUAAUACGUAUCUUAUUGUUAAUUUCAGAUAAGUAUGUAGAUACAUACAAUAGAAAGUUAAAAGUACUUGUAUUUCGAAUUUCAAUUGUCACAUUUUGCAAAACAUAUUUUAAUGAAUUCGUGUAAAUUACCUACAAAAAACCUGACUUUUAUUAUACCCUACAAAAAUUCUGUUAAUGAAUGUUUGUUAUAUAAAAUAUGUAGGUGAAGACAAAACAAGUCAACAAUGGCACCAAAUUUCAGUAAGAAUGCUGUUCUGACAGGACUAGUGGAUUAUUAUUGUUUAGUUUGUGAAUUUCACUCGCAAAAUGAGGACAAUAUUACAGAACAUGUAGCAAUGUUGACUCAUAAGAAUCACUUGGAAGAUACAUUCUAUGAUAUUGAAGAAGAAUGUAUUAGAAAGAUAAAGCAAUGGUACUUUUGUGAGUUUUGCAACCAAUUAAUAAAAACGAAAGCAAAAUUACGAUUGCAUAUUGCUGAAAAGUUACACGUUGUAAACAAGUUUCGUCAGUCUCUGCUACGGUGUGAUGGUGUCGUCAUAGCCUUUGGUGUUAUAGCCAUUAGUAAUAGUUCAUGGAACGGCUUAUGUGGAGGCACAUGUCUUAUUUGCAACUGUGAAUAUACAGAUGAAAAGGAACAUUUAGACACACCCAUGCAUAGCAUCAAUUUAAUCCAGAAUAAUAUUGAAAGCAACAAUCAAAAUCAUAUCUAUCGUUUGAUUGAUGCUACGUCUUUUCAUUGUUUGACAUGCAAUACUCUGGAGUCGAUAACAUCUCUUGGUUCACAUUUUACGGUUGAUUCUCAUACAGAUUUCCUUGAAAAAUGUAGACAAAGAGCUAAAAGUUUCCUUAAUACUAUGGCUGUUAACAAAAUUUCACCUGCAGAGAUUUCACCAAAACAUGAUGAAUUGAAAAGACAGGGUUCAACAUCAAACAUUAAGUUUAAUGAAAAUAGUUCAACAUUAAACAUUGAAAUUAAUGAAAAGAGUUCAUUAGAAAAUACUGAAUUUAAUGCAAUCACUCCAACAGAAAACCUUGAAUCCAAUGCAAUGAGUUCACCAGAAAACAUUGAAUUGAAUGCAAUGAGUUCACAAGAAAACAUUGAAUUGAAUGCAAUGAGUUCACAAGAAAACAUUGAAUUGAAUGCAAUGAGUACAUCAGAAAACAUUGAAUUGAAUGCAAUGAGUUCAUCAGAAAACAUUGAAUUGAAUGCAAGGAGUUCACCAGAAAAUGUUGAAAUGAAUGCACCGAAUGUUGAAACGAAUGCACCGACUUCAACAGAAAACAUUGAAUUGAAUGAACAGAGUUUAACAGAAAAUAUUGAAAAAGAGAUAAAUAUAAAUCAAAUCAAGGAAGGGAAUGUCAACAAAGAAAGUUCGCGGCCAAAAAGAAAAACUGCAAAAAAUGCAAAUAUUAAUCAAAAUCAAAAAAAUAAUGUCGAACACCGUAAAAUAUCAGAACGUGAAGAAACAGUAUGUAAAAUAUUAAACGCGGAAAAUUAUAUAGUUCCGUUCGAAAAUGGGAAAAUGAUGUGUAUCUUAUGUGAAUGGGCAAUGGAGCCAUGUCAUGUUACAGGUCAUGUUACCAGUACCCAUCAUGAAAACAUCCUUAAACUUCACAAGGUACGUAUCCAGAAAUUAAAUCAGACUCCACAGUUCCUCAAUAAAUCAAACGAAAGAAACGAAAACAACUCAAAUGUUGACUGUAAUAAGACUCUUAAAGACAUAUCCGACGAUCCUAAAAUUUUGGAGUCAAUAGAGUAUUUACAAAAUAACAGUAUUGAAGUUAACUUUGAAACAAAUAGCGUUAUGUGCAAGAAAUGCUCCAAAUCAAUUGAUUUUAAUUUGAAAUCCAUUCAAAUGCACAUAAAUGAGCACAAACCCGCCAGUAGUGCAGAGAGGAUAAAGAAAGAACCUGAGAACUUGUUAAAAGCUGAAAAAGUUGCGAAAGAUGUUCCAUCGCCACAAAAAACUGCAAAUACUAAGCAUUUUAGUAGUCCUGUAUCUCUUAAACAGAAACGUACGGAAAGUUCACCGAGUCAAGAUGACUUAGAAAAUUUUGCAAAGGAAAAUAAGCUAAAAUAUAAGCCUGGGUCUAAAGACGUAUUCUGUGAACAGUGCGGAACUAGAGUGCCACUAUCUAUGAAAAACAUGAAGGAACACAUAAAUGGGAGUGCACAUAAAUCGCGCAAUGAAUUAUCAACGAAAGUUAAAAACGCAAAAGUUGAAACAAUCCAGAUACAUUGUUUUGUUAAAGAUAUGACGGCAGUGCAUACAGAGCACCAAAUGGAUUUUGUUCUAAACGGAGAAUUUUGUAUAACAUUUACCAGCAUGCUUUUAAUCAGAAGAUGUGAAAAUUCACACUCCCUUCGAUGUUUAGUAUGUUUGGAAUUGUUAAACACAUCAAACCCUUUUGUGAAUAUGGAAUUUUUGAUGAAUCACUCACAGAGGCACCUAGACAUGUUGGACAAAAUAGCUGUGGUGACAAAUAUACCUUCGGAGUUCAUUCGAGUGGUAGAGACACAAUCCAAUUGUUACCACUGCGGCUAUUGUAAUAAUGUUUAUUCUUGGGAAAAAUUAAAUGAGCACUUUCAAACAAACAAUCACAAAGAAAACAAAAAUUUCGCCAAGUAUCGAUUGGAGCAAUACCUACCAGAUAUUGUACUCAACAGACGUAGAGAGCGACAUGAACAAUUUCUCAUGGAAUGCCUUCUGAAAUCUUUCAUAUCUAAUAUGCGUUAAGACCUUAAAAUUAUCUUCUUCAAGUGUCAUUGCAUAAAUAUUGUUUUUGUAUAAUUUUUUUCUUAAUUUCUCGAAUUUUAUAAAAUGUCAAUCAAUUAAUUGCUUUUUAACUUCUCAAAAAUAGGUUUCUUUUUUUAUAAUAGCUAUUAGCUAGC